CCUCUGUGUCUCUCUAGUUGUUGUGGAGCAGGAACAGCAGCAGACACAGAGAAGACCACAGAGCUUUUGUCCUCCAACCUCACCAUCUUCUCUCUGAACAGCGGCAGGAACCCUCGUGUCGUCAUGGCCAUCAACAUACUACAGGAUAUGCUGUACAGGUAUCACGGCCAAAUCGGUGCCAAUCUUAUACUGGGAGGAGUAGACUGCACUGGGAACCACCUGUACACGGUGGGGCCAUAUGGGAGUGUAAAUAAGGUGCCUUACCUUGCCAUGGGAUCUGGUGAUCUGGCUGCUCUUGGGAUCCUAGAGGAUGGGUUCAAACCCGACCUGGAGGUAUAAUGUCACUUAUUAUUGGCCAUUCUAAAUGAAAUUAUGUCAGUGUAGUGAUGCUGUGGGCAAAAUAAACCAAGAGAAGAUGUUAAAACCAUUCUUCCUCAUCAUUACUGAGUUGUGUCUAAUACCUGAUAGAGAAAACUGAA